UUUCCCUCUUUUUUUUCUUCAAAGAGAGUGAUGGAGACAAACAGUGUUGUUUCUAUUGGUGUUGAUUCUCAAGAGGUUCAUGUUUUGGCUGUUGAUGAUAGUCUUGUUGAUAGAAAAGUUAUUGAAAGGUUGCUCAAAAUUUCAGCUUGUAAAGUUACUGCAGUGGAUAGUGGAAUAAGAGCACUACAAUUUCUGGGUUUGGUUGAUGAGAAAGAGACUUCUGAAUCUGAUGCUUUUGUUCCGGGUUUAAAGGUGGAUCUAGUAAUUACAGAUUAUUGCAUGCCAGGAAUGACUGGUUAUGAGUUGCUUAAGAAAAUCAAGGAAUCAACCACUUUUAGAGCAAUUCCAGUAGUGAUUAUGUCUUCUGAAAAUAUCUUGCCACGCAUUGACAGAUGUUUGGAGGAAGGUGCAGAGGAUUUUAUAGUGAAGCCAGUGAAAUUAUCUGACGUGAAACGUUUGAAGGGUUACAUGACAACUAAGGAGGUUAAUGUGGGAAGCCAAGACACUGAAGUUAUCGUUACCAACAAUGUUGGUAACGAUAACGAUGGUGAUGGUGUAGGGAUAGGUAUCAACAACAAAAGGAAGUUAGAAGAAGCAUCUGAUCUAUCAUCAUCUGAACCAUCAAUUUCAUCAUCGACACUUUCAUCACCAUCAUCAUCACCGUCACCUUCAUCAUCACCGUUGUCUUCACCCGACGUUCUUGAUUCUCCAAUCAGACGGCUUAAAAUGACCGGCACCGAAUGACUCUUUAGAUUGUCAUCUAGAGCAUCUUUAUUAUCAUCUUUAUUACUUCUUUUUUUCCAAACAUUUACUUGUUUACCUCUUUUGAUGUUUAAAAUGCAAUUACAUACCCGUUGUUUGGAACGGUUUUUGUUGCAUUGCUCUGUUCUUAAUGAUCUUAUCUAUGGGUUGAUUUAUUUUGUUUCUUA